AUGAAUGAAUCUCGCGAAUUUAUCGGAAAUAGUUGGAAUAAUCACGGUUCGAACGACCUCGACUGCUUGAAACAAAAAUUAGUUGAAGAUCCAUGGAAUCAGGAUCUGUAUACCGAGGCGAUACACUUGGCUUCUACACAGAACGAUUACAACUCCCUUGACUAUUUCAGGACUGAGUUUUUUAAACAUUGCAUUGUGGAUGAUGACUUUUGGAUAUCAUACAUCGAAGAAAAGAAGUGCUGCUUAAGCAAGGACGCUGUUAUAGAGUUGUACAAGUUCGCUGUAAAAAAUGAGCCGUCGGUUUAUAUAUGGUUAUCAUAUUUAAGAUUCGUUUUUGAAAAUAGUCACACAUUCUCCGAGUAUAAUGAUUUACGUCAGUUGUUUGAAACGAGUUUGGAGGUACUGGGUCUCCACGCCCUCGACGGCCCUCAAUUAUGGUCAGAAUACAGGCUUUUUGAGCAGAAAUUGCUCUCAAAGGUGCAGAAGGACGAAUAUAUGAACCAAAUAGACAGAAUCAGGUCCCUUUUCUACAGGCAGCUGAAGAUACCCCUGGCAGGUCUGCCAGAUCUACUGGACGAGUAUUUGGUCUGGGAGGAGGAGCUGCCCGUUGAGUAUAGAAGGCCGAUCGAUAAGGGAGAAAAUGCACACAAAAUAGGCUUCGAGGCCUGGGAACUGCGCAAGUGUUUUGAGCUGAAGAUUCAGUCGGACUUCCACGAAAUGAUGAGUCGCGACAACAUGAACUCGCUGUGGAACGACUACAUAGACUUCGAGCUGAAGUGCGGGGACAUGCAGAGGAUCAUGAUGGUGUACCACAGAGCCAUGGACGAUCUGGGCUACGAAAGGGACGACCUGUGGAUCAACUACGCAAACUACGCACUGCAAACGAGCUACGCGAAGUCGCUCUCGGUGUGCGAAAGAGCGUGCAAGCACAUGCCCAGGUCAUUAAACAUUUGGAUUAACUACUUCCUCGUUGUUUCGUCGAAGUCUGAAAACGUCAGGGACAUAGUCGACCUCCUGCAUAAGGCGAACACGGCCAUCCAGGACAUCGACCACAAGAUCAGCCUGCACAUCACGGCGGCCGACUGCGUGAGGAGGAUCGACUUGAAGGACGUUUACAAUUGUAGGUUCAUUCUGUCGAAGUGCGCAGAAUUGAAACCCGAGUACACCUCUAGAGCGGUUUUCAGGCUCCUCACUUACUGGAGUAAGUACGAGCUAAAGCUGUUGUCCUUUAACAUCGAGUCUCAGUAUGUUAAAGUGGUCGAGAAACUUUUUGAGAAGUUUAAGGGCGAGUCAUUCUGCUGGUUGUACUUGAUAGACACAGUUAAGGGGCUGAACCCGGAAAGCCCGCACAUUUCGAACAUUGUGUCGCACAUUUACAGGGGAUACAGUUCGCUGGUCGACUUCAACUCGGAAUUUGAGCCUACGACCCUCCACAUGCUCAUCAUCUGGCUCUACGAGCUCUCCCUCUCCAUGGUUAACGGCAACGACCUCGCGGACGAGUACAUAGACUACGUGCAGAGCUCAGGGGUGGUCGAGGACAUCAAGAGGGCACACAAGGUGGUCGCGGCUCACAGCACGCCCACGUCGAGGCCCUACACCUCGACCUCCAGGUCGGACAGCCUGAGUCUGAACAGUCUGAUCAAGAGGGACAGGCGCAGAAGGAAGUUCGAGACGUUUUCCGAGACCUCGUCGGACAGCGGAAGCCACUCGAGUUGGGUGCGAAGGCCGCAAUUUUUCGUCUCAGGUCUGAGGUCGCCAAUCUUGUCGGUGAAGGACUCCGACGCCCUGCGGUCGCCGAAAAUGGGAUACAGGGAGUUUAGCGCCAAGGACUCUGAACCGAGGUCCGGGAGGCUGACCCUGCGGGACCUGGAGACAGUCACCAGGGCCACGUGGGACGGCUACGAAAGUGCAGAGCCGUCAAUCGCACCAGCAGUUCCGCCGAACGCGCCCAUGCCUCCGCCCUCCUCCCCAGUCAUAUCCAGGAUAACCUCGAGACUCUCGAACUCGGGCUCGUGCACGCCCGACCUCACACCCGAGUUUAAUAUUUCAAAGGGCUCCAGUCUGCCCCCGCCGCUGGUGCUGUCUGGCCACGUUAACAACGAGUCGACGUCCGACUGCGUAAAGUUGUCAGAUACCAUCUGCAGUUCCGACUAUAAACUUAACUUUUCGACGGCGGACUCGGAAUCUAUCGCUGAGAGACUGAGCAGCGACACCGAGAGUCAGUCUGAUAGGUUUGACUCGCCCACAGUCAAGUCGCCCGCAAAGCCCACGGCUCUCGGGUUCAAUCCGUUGUCAGCCGAACCUCAAGCAUCGACCCCAGCGCCCUCUGAUUCGGAGACCGGAGUCGCGGGCGGGCACUUUCUGCUUAGCAAGAAGGAGUGCGUCAUGAACUGGUUGAGCGGCGCCUCCGAGAAUUCGACGGUUUUUGUUUCUGGCUUUGAUUUUUCACAAAUUUCCCGACUGGAGGAGUUUUUUUCGAGGCAAACAGGAUUCAUAGAGCUGAGGCCAGUUACGAAAAAGAGCUGCUGCUACGUUGAGUUCACGACCAGCCAGCACGCCAGCUUGGCCAUCGAGGCGAGUAAACCGCUUUUUAAGGAUAACCCGACGAUAUCUAUCAGGAUUUCAAAGCCAACAAAGCCGCUGUUCGAGGACAAAGUUGUGUUCGUGAGGGUUUUGAACAACAAGUACGCCCUGAGUAAGCUGAAGUCGCUGAUAGGCGAGUUCUUCAAGACUCAGGGCUACGAGGCCAAGGACGUCCGCACGACGAGGUCGCCAAUCAGUCCUAAAAACGACGACGGACCCGCAUCUGAGAAGGGCGCCAAGCUGGGGUGCUACGUCGAGUUCGGCUUCGAAAACGCCGCGAAACUGCUCAUCCACAAGCUUAUUAACGAGUACGGGUGGCCUAUUAACGUAAAUUACAGCAGUUUGGACUUUCAAGUCCUGCCUUCAAUUCCGAUUAUACACAACGCCGGUCGUGGCGAGUCCUCCAGUGACCCAGAUCGCACGCCUAAGACUGACGACUCAGCCACCACAGCCGCGGGCACGUACGAGCUGUACAUCUGCAACCUGAACUACAAGACCGACGAGAGUGGGUUGAGGGGCUACUUGGAACAGAAUUUCGGCCCCGUCAGGAGCCUCAGCAUUUGCAGGGACUCGGGCGGCAACUCCAAGGGCUACGCCUUCGUCGAGUUCGAGGACGACUUCGCGUACGCCAAGCUCGUCAAGUCCUCCCUGGUUCUCGACGACAGGAGGCUGUACGUCUCCAGGUCUAACUCCCAGGGCCGCCACAAGCUGCAGCAGAGGUCGACUCAGCCUCGGGACGACCAGGCCCCCAACCCCCCCCUCAGGGCCAAGUACCGGCGGAAGUACACUGACUACAAGAGCAGGGUCGUUGAGACCUACAGCAAGCUGAAGAAGAGGAUAAAGCUAAACUAA